CGCCAGGCCUGGAGCAGCCAUGCUAAGAGUGUGGACCAGGCUGGACAGCAGUCUACUAUUAGCUGCAGGGGUAGCUCCUCCCGGGACAAGGACAGAAGUGCUACAGUCAGUAGUAGUUCAGUGCCCAUGCCUGCUGGAGGGAAGGGAACCCGGACCAACUGUUCUCAGUCUACACCUCAGAAGCCACCCAACCGCCUAAUCAAUGAGAAGUCACCAUACCUCCUCCAACAUGCCUACAAUCCUGUGGAUUGGUACCCCUGGGGACAGGAAGCCUUCGACAAAGCCAGGAAAGAAAACAAGCCUAUUUUCCUCUCAGUGGGGUAUUCCACCUGCCACUGGUGCCAUAUGAUGGAGGAAGAGUCCUUCCAAAAUGAAGAGAUUGGCCGCCUGCUCAACAAGGACUUCAUCAGCGUGAAGGUGGAUAGAGAGGAACGGCCAGAUGUGGACAAAGUGUACAUGACCUUCGUGCAGGCCACCAGCAGUGGAGGGGGCUGGCCAAUGAAUGUGUGGCUGACCCCCAACCUCCAGCCCUUUGUGGGGGGCACUUACUUCCCCCCAGAGGAUGGCUUGACCCGAGUUGGCUUUCGAACAGUGUUAAUGAGAAUCCGUGAACAGUGGAAACAGAACAAGAAUACCCUGCUAGAAAACAGCCAGCGUGUCACCACAGCCCUCCUGGCCCGGUCGGAGAUCAGCAUGGGUGACCGCCAGCUGCCACCCUCAGCUUCUACCAUGAACAGCCGCUGCUUCCAGCAGCUAGACGAAGGCUACGAUGAGGAAUACGGUGGCUUUGCUGAGGCCCCCAAGUUCCCCACACCUGUGAUCCUGAGCUUCCUGUUCUCCUACUGGCUCAGUCACCAGCUCACUCAGGAUGGCUCCAGGGCUCAGCAGAUGGCCUUGCACACACUGAAAAUGAUGGCCAAUGGGGGCAUCCGAGACCAUGUGGGGCAGGGCUUUCACCGCUACUCCACGGACCGCCAGUGGCACAUCCCCCAUUUUGAGAAGAUGCUUUAUGACCAGGCACAGCUUGCAGUAGCCUAUUCCCAGGCCUUCCAGAUUUCUGGUGAUGAUUUCUACUCUGAUGUUGCCAAAGGCAUCCUACAAUAUGUGACCCAGAGCCUGAGCCACCGGUCAGGAGGCUUCUACAGUGCUGAAGAUGCAGACUCACCCCCAGAGCGGGGCAUGAAGCCCAAGGAGGGUGCUUUCUAUGUAUGGACAGUCAAAGAGGUCCAGCAGUUGCUCCCGGACACUGUGGGGGGUGCCAGUGAGCCAUUAACCUCAGGCCAGCUCCUCAUGAAGCAUUAUGGACUCAACGAGGCCGGCAACAUCACCUCCACUCAGGACCCCAAGGAAGAGAUGCAAGGCCAGAACGUGCUGGCAGUGCGGUAUUCACUGGAACUGACUGCAGCCCGCUUUGGCCUGGAUGUGGAGGCUGUGAGCACACUGCUUAACAAAGGGCUAGAGAAGCUUUUCCAGGCUCGGAAACAUCGGCCCAAGGCACACCUGGACAGCAAGAUGCUGGCUGCCUGGAACGGCCUGAUGGUGUCUGGCUUUGCUGUGACUGGGGCUAUCCUGGGCAUGGACAGGUUGGUCACUCAGGCCACUAAUGGUGCCAAGUUCCUCAAACGACACAUGUUUGAUGUGGCCAGCGGCCGUCUGAAGCGAACAUGCUAUGCUGGCAUUGGAGGAACUGUGGAGCACAGCACCCCGCCCUGCUGGGGCUUCCUGGAGGACUACGCCUUUGUGGUACAGGGCCUUCUGGACCUGUAUGAGGCCUCACAGGAGAGCUCCUGGCUUGAGUGGGCUUUGCGCCUGCAGGACACGCAGGACAGGCUCUUCUGGGACUCCCAGGGUGGUGGCUACUUCUGCAGUGAAGCUGAGCUGGGGGCAGGCCUGCCCCUGCGUCUGAAGGAUGACCAGGAUGGUGCAGAGCCCAGCGCCAACUCUGUGUCGGCCCACAACCUGCUUCGGCUGCAUGGCUUCACCGGCCACAAAGAUUGGAAGGACAAGUGUGUGUGCCUGUUGACAGCCUUCUCUGAGCGCAUGCGCCGUGUCCCAGUGGCAUUGCCAGAGAUGGUCCGUGCCCUCUCAGCUCACCAGCAGACUCUCAAGCAGAUUGUGAUCUGUGGAAACCCCCAAGCCAAGGACACCAAGGCCCUGGUGCAGUGCGUCCACUCCAUCUACAUCCCUAACAAGGUGUACAUCCCUGCAGAACUGGGCUCACUCUCCACCUCCCCUCACUGUAUCUCCCAGCUCAGCUCCUCAACAUCUUUCCCUCUGGAGGUCUGGGGAAAUGUCAUCUCCCAGUGGACUCUACAAUAUCUAGUGCUAUUCUCCCAGGUGACCCUUUCUGUUCUGGCACUGCCCCAGGUGUUGAUUCUGGCUGAUGGAGACCCCUUAGGCUUCCUGUCCCGCCAGCUGCCCUUCCUGAGCACCCUGCCACGAGUAGACGACCAGGCCACAGCCUACAUAUGUGAGAACCAAGCCUGUUCCAUGCCCAUCACUGAGCCCUGUGAACUUCGAAAGCUGCUACGCCAGUGACUCCCUAGAGCCCUUUGAGCUGGGCCAGAAGGCAGAACUUCCCAGCUGACCAGAGAGACUCAGGCCCUAUGAGGUUAUGCUGAGCUGACUGUCAUCCCUGGGCACCCUACCACCAAAUGAUCACAGCCAUCUUUACAGCUCCCCC